AAUUAAAAAUAUUCUCAUUCAUUACAACAAGUAAAGUAAAGAAGGCUUAAUUAAUGGUAGCUCACUUGAAGAAAAAAAAUCUCUUUAAUGCUCACCAUAGUAACGUAGAAACUGUAACCAGACCACUCACUCUUCAGAAUGUAGAAACUAACCGAGCUGAUGAGCAUAAUGUUUCUCACUGUAAUCAUAAUCCGAGAUUUUGCUUAAAAUCUUCACUCUGGGACCUCCCCAUCUCACUAAAUUCUCAAAUUUACAUCUGGGUUUUCUUGUUCGUCUGGAUUCUGAUGCAUUCAUUGCAAUUUUUUUUCAAUGUUCAAGCACAAUGUGUCUCAUUCCUUCACUGACACCCACUGAUUUCUUCUGAUACAGCAUCUGGGUUUUUCUUCAGCUUCAGCUCCAACCAUUUCCCGGAAAUAAUUUUCUUCUUCUGGGUUCUUUGGCAUUUCGUCAAACAGUUGGAGUGCAACUGGGUCGCAAGUUACAUACCAACAUGAGUACUCCAUUACCUACUCACCAAUUUUUUGCUCGAUAUCUUGAAUCCGUUGACAACGGGCGUCAGAUAAAACAUCAAAUUCCUACUGAGGAGAAAGAAAUCAAAGCUCAAUCUGACAUCAAGUCCCAAGCUUUCAAGAAACCCAGAACUUCUGAAGCCGUAUCGAACUCGAAUGCGGCCUCAGGACAGAACAAAAUGUUGCCUAGCUAUUACAAGACCAAACUGUGCCGCAAAUUCCAAAUGGGUUGUUGCUCUUCUGGGCAGAGAUGUUCCUUUGCUCAUGGCACCAGUGAUCUCCGCAGGACUUUGCGUGAUGCGCAAGGAAUGGAAACUGAGAACGGAAACUUGGCCAGGAGGACUUGGAAUGGUGAUCAUGGAAGUUCUAAUGGAGUGAGAAUAUGCAGGUCGUUCUUUAGAUGGGGAACAUGCAGUUACGGAGACAAAUGCCGCUUUCGUCAUGUCAAUCCUGAAAAUAUCAGAGAUAGUUUGUUCAUAAGCAUUUCAACAGCUGGUGGUUCUGCUCAAUUUGACUGCAAGAAGUCUCUGGAACUAAGGAAGCUUUGUGGCUCUACUACACCAGAAUGUGGAAGUGUGCAGGCCAACAGUUUAAUGACUUAUACGAGGGGCAACAAUGCGUCAAAUCGUAGGAUGGGGGUUGCGACUGCUUAUAAACAUGGUCAGAGUACGCAGUGCAACUUAGAGUGGAACGAACUUGAGAAAUUGAGUCGCAUCUAUGCUGAUUGGAUUGAAGAUAUGCCUCUUCUACGUGGCUCAUCAAGCAAAGUGGAGUGUUACUCGAGUUUAGUGUGACAUGUGUAAGGAAGUAGAUUAGUUCUCUAUAGAUAUAAGAAGCUUGUUGUAAUUUCCUCUAACACCUUCGUUUUGUCGAGUGAGUGGGGAUUGACUUCGAUUGUGACCCGUAGUCUGGUAAACACAGGAGAUGCUUCAUACCUAAGAGCCUACAAAGCCAGAUUUUAAAUAUCUUGAUUUUCCGUAUCUCUGUUGUCUAGGGAUUUUAGCCGUUAUCUUCCGAAUUUUAUGCACAUUGUUAUUGUAAAGACGUAUUUUCAGUUUACAAGAUAUGGUGUGGCACUGUCACAUGAAUGUAGCCAAG